GUAGCUGGGCUGAUUCAUAGCUUUAGCAUGUGUUGAAGUGAUUUGAGAAAUUAGUGAAGGCUGAUUUGGAUGAUAAUUGUGUUGAAUAUUUACAUACAUUUUUUUUUUUUACUUGAUUCAAGAUGGAGGAGGUGAAGGAAUGGAGGUGAGGCUGAAUACUAAAUUGUGAUAAUGGGUUCUAUAAAUGAUGCUUGGUCAUGUUUUUUUAUUCUCAUAUUUUCACAUUUUUGUUUUUUUUUAUCCUUUUACUCUUCAUUUUUGACACAUCUAGAGUAGUAGAGAGAGGGAGAACUCCAGAAAACACUUUAGAGAAGGAGACUAAAAGGGGAAAAAAAAACUCUGGUCACAAGAAUGACUGGGGGAUUAAAUAAAUUAGCACUGUGUUGGAAGAAAUGUUGUAUAAUUCAGGAAGGAAAAAGGAAAGUAGGGGGCAUGCUUGGUACCGAGUUUGUGUCCAAUAGCAGCACAGGGUUUGGUUCAAUUAAAUUCAAAAGCUUCGAACAAGGGCUACGAAAGCCAGCGAUCAUUAUUAUUGAUGAAUAAUCAGCCCUUACAACAUAACCAUAAUUUUCUUUUCACCCCUAAACAGUGUCACGACAGGUCAGUCAAGUGAGUGUCUUUUGUUUUCUAAUAUAAUAUUCUUUUAAUAAAGUAAGUGCAAACACGGCCAAGGACGCUCCCUAGCGGGCGACGACGGAACUAAUAUAUAACUUUAUUCAAACUAAUUUCAUGCACAAGUAAUUAUUACAGACGGUCGGGUCGUGGAUGUGUGUAUGUUAAAUUUAUAAAGAGUUCCUGUUAUUUUCUAUAAUAACCCGGGGCACGCAGUCGCAAAGAUGUUAACGGUAAUUGUGUUCGGCGCGAAGGGCGCCAUGUUUCCUGCCGCGAGCCUUGUCUCGCCCUAGUCUCCUUCUACAGCCGGCCGAGAGCUGACGUCUCUGCAGACACCCGGAGGACAUCACCGUUGUCUCACCGAUAAGUAGUUCUGCUAAUUUAAAUAAUUCAAAUCGUUUUCUUUCUCAUCCUCGGGGCCUCUCUCGGUCGGUGGGGCUGUGUGAUUAUUAAUUUUUAUACUCUCAGGAGUUUUUCACCACCUGCGUUUUACGUAAAAGCUUGAGGCGGCCACGUGUGUGGUCCGCCUCCUCACAGAUUCGUGCCUCGGGCGUUUUAACUGUGUAAAGGGAGGAUUGUAUGAGGACGUGUAAUGUAUCAAUAAAAAUACAGCUUAAUUAAUUCACGUGUCUUUGUGUUCGGGGGGCCACGUGGGUCCUUAACCCAGCCAGCGGCAUGUGGGACGCCCUAAGAGCCCACUGCGGUUAGGUAGAAGCGUGCCCGACACUGAGAGCGGGCUGGGUUAGGAACAGGUGCUAAAUUCGAGAUCAGGAGGGCAAAUAUCUCGCCUCACAUGGGCCACGUAACGCUUUGAGUAAGAGCCUCUAGCCGGGUCCACGUGCCCUCACGUGGUGGCAACCACUAUUAACAUAACUAGUUCAAAACUUAACACCGGUACGUCCAUGUUAGGCUGAUUGCAGGUACAACUAACAGUUCAUGCAUAGUGGGUACCUAAUGAUAAAUAUUUUUUAUUUCACUAAGGUGAUGAGUGUAUUUAAUUAAAUGUUUCAAAAACAGAACUAUUAAUUUUUGCAGCAUGAACUAAUAACUAGGAAUUUCAUUAGCUUAAAUAACUACACAGAUUAGCUGUUCCAACAAAGAUUUAAUUGUUUAAUUAACGACCAGUUGUAAAUCGUAGUUAAAUGCGUCCUUGUUAUAAUUACGCAAUAAAAAGUCUGGUAAACACCUGCCAGACAGCAUCCUUCAGAUUGUAACUGAUAACGCUACAGGUUAAAGUGCACAUUGACAGUCAUUUUCAUACGUGUCACAACCCAACACGUCGAGGACUGCAUUUCAAAAGUUUUGUUAACCCUUUUGACUUCAAAUAUGGCGGAGAUUUUGAAGUUUAGUUAAUGUACACUUCCUACAGGUAGCGCAAAUAUCACACGUAACGUAGACGUAACGCAGUCACCAUAUCUGCGAGUUCAGUUCAGCUCUACGUUCGUUUCACACGUGAUCAGUUUCAUAUUUGGCGAGUGUUUCGCCUUCAAAGACUUAUUGAAAAGUACUGCGGAGUAGUUGAUGAGGUGAUAUGUGCGUAAUAUUUCUUUACACCAACCCUGACGCUGAAGCCGGUCAGUUUCGACUGAUUCUAGCCACCAACCGAGAUGAAAGUUACAAACGACCAGCCAAGCAAGCCCAUUUUUGGGAUGAAUCUCCUACCAUCAUUGGAGGCCGGGACAUGGAGCCGGGGCGCGAAGGCGGCACCUGGUUCGCCAUGUCCAGGAAGGGCAGGCUCGCAGCCCUGCUCAACGUGAUGGGCGGCACCUCGGCGCACGCGAAGGGCCGCGGGAGCCUCGUGCCGGAGUACCUGGCUGCGGGGUGCGACGCGGGGGCCCACCUGUCCGGCCUGCAUAGCAGAGCGCACGAGUACAGCAGGUUCAACCUGCUGGCCGUCGACGUGAGGAGAGACGGCAUCGACGUGCACCAGCUGUCCAACACCGGCGACGUGGGGAGGACGCACGCGUCCGGCCAGGGGUUCCACGGCGUGGGGAACCACUGGCUGGGGCGCCCCACCCGCAAGGUGUCCGCGGGGCUGUCGCGCUUCGCGGGCGUCGUGGAGGGCCCGGGGCGGGCGACCGCGGCCAAGGAGGAGCUGGUCGACGGGCUGCUCGCGCUGCUCAAGUGGGACGAGAAGCACUACCCUGACCCUGUGCUCGAGUCGUUGGCCUCGAAUUCUUCCCCCGAGAAACGGCAAGCUCUCAGCUCUGUGUUCAUCAGCUUCCCGGGAGCGGCCUACGGCACUCGGACACACACCGUAGUACUCAUUGACUAUAACGACAAAGUUGACUUCUUCGAAUGGACAAUGGCACAGCCAAUACAGCCAGACAACCCCCAGUGGGAGAAACAGCACUACACCUUCCAGCUGGACUAUGACAAUUAGUUCCUUUGUGGGGCGUAAGUGGAAUAAUGUGCUGUGAUGUAUCAUACGGGCAAAGAAAGGAAUAACAUACAGUAGAGUCACGAAUAACCAAGUUUCUGUAUUAUCAAAACCGACCUAAAGAGUCAUUACCGGCAGACACUGUUCAAACAUUUGCUCGAGGACCUUGAAAAUUAUCAAACUGUUGUCGAAAGCCUAAAGAAAAUUAACCUCAAACAUGCCAUUUACUGGUUGGGCAAAUAAUGGACUGGCGAAAAAGAAUCUACACUGAGGAAAGGAUUGAAUAAAAUCACCCCACAAAAUUAUGUAUUAUCAGAGAAUUUGCUCAUCUGAGGUUGCCUUGGUCCACAUUGACUGUUAAUCAAAGCUAUACUGUAUUUAGGUAUUUACAAUUUUAUGUUGAAAGAUAUUUACCAAGUAAAUUAGUGUCCGUCAUGUAGGUACAGCGUAUAGUGUACAGUAUUUGUUAGAAUUAAAUACUACCUCAAAUUUGACAAUCUACUUAGCAAGAUUACUAAUUAAAAUUAUAAUUUUCUAAUCUAGUUAUAAAUAAGAAUAAUAGGCUGCUGCUUAACUACUAAAAGGGUACAAUUACAGGUGCUAAUAAAUGGUUGCAAGAUCUUACUAGCUGAACCUGUUUCCGUGGGUUAAAACUAGCAAAGUUUACCAUUGGAGGUCAGAUGGGAAGCUAAGGAUAGUAUUAAAGAGGUAAAUCAACUGCUAGUUGGUUUCCUCUCAAACAGCAGAUUCUUGAAAGUAUGUGACAUUAUAAUAAUUUUAUAAUGAAUAACAAUUUUGUUUGAUUUUCUGAACCAACCGUAAGUUAAUGUGUGUAGUAUCUGUGAUAAUUGUACAGUAAGAGUAUAUAUGUAAAUAAAAAUUAUAUAUCCUUGUUCUCAUUAUUACGUUGUCAAGUUCAAAUAAAAUAUUUUAGCUCA